AUGUCUUCAAAUGUUUUGAAGAUUUCUUUCGCUAAUUUUAAAGCAAAGAACUUGCUUCUUUUCCUGAAUCAUUUAAAGCUGCAUUUUAAACAAAUGAAUAACUCUUCUAAAUCAUUGAAAAGUCCACUGGAAGUAGCAUUCCGGCCUGUACCGAAAAUAGUUAAAGAAGGUCCACCUUAUGUCAAUAUUUGGAGAAUUGAAGAUUUCAACCUUGUCACAUGGCCAAAGAAAGGAAAAUUUCACAAAGGAGAUUCCUACUUGGUGGUUUGGAUCAAAGCAGAGGGACGGCAUAUGCACAGACAUAUACAUUUCUGGAUUGGAUCAGAAACAACACAGGAUGAGGCUGGAAUGGCUGCCAUGAAAGCUGUGGAACUGGAUGACUACUUUGAUGGCCAGUCUGUACAGUUCCGAGAGAUUGAAGGAUAUGAAUCUAAAGUAUUCCUCAGUUAUUUCCCAAGAAUCAUGUAUGAAUCUGGUGGUUACUAUUCCACAUUCACAACCAUCAAGCAAAACUAUGAUGACAAGUUGUGGUAUGUGAAAGGUAAACGAAACAUUACACUCGACCAAAAAGCAAUGAGUUGGAGUAGCAUGAACUGCAAUGAUGUUUUCAUCCUGGACAUUUCACAAUGUAUGUUCCUAUGGAUUGGCAAAAAAGCAAAUUAUUUUGAAAAAAUUAAGGCAGCUCGAGUUACUCAAGAAUUAAAUACAGAACGAGUUGGCAAGGUACAAAUAAUUGUCGUCAAUGAUGGUGAUGAGAAGAAUUUACCAAAAGAAGAAUUACAGCUUUUCAACAAACAUCUACCAAUAGCAAUGAAAAAUCUCAAUAAAAGUGAUUUGUCUCCUGACGAUUCUCUCAAUCAGCAUUAUGAAAAGAAUCUCAAAUUAUAUAUCUGUUCAGAUGACGAAGGUAUAUUAAAAGUUUCAGAAGUUAAAUGUGGACCACUGGUUUAUAGUGAUCUUACCUCAAAGGAUGUUUACAUCAUUCUCACUCAAAGCCAUAUCUGGAUUUGGAUUGGCAGAUUAGCAUUAAAUCAAGAACGCAGGGAAGCUAUGAAUAAUGCUAUGGGUUUUGCCAAAAAAAAGGAUGCUGACUUGAGCAAAAUUAUCCGCGUGGUAGAAGGUGCAGAAUUGGAAGAAUUCAAGUAUCUUUUCCACAAUUGGCCUGAACCAAAUCCUUCUGGAGUUUCCUCAAAGAGCCGUAUUGCAACAGUCCAGACAAAUUUUGAUGUGAAGUCUUUGCACCAAAACAGGCAACUGGCUGCUGAAAUGAGAAUGGUUGAUGAUGGUGAUGGUGAAGUUGAGAUUUACCGAAUGCAGAAUUUCAAUAUGGUUUCAGUAGAAAAAGCUCAAUAUGGUCAGUUCUUUAAUGGUGACUGCUACGUCAUUAUAUAUAAGUAUAAUUUUAAGAACACAGAAUAUCAUCUCAUAUACUAUUGGCUGGGAAUUGAAUCCAGCCCUGAGGAACAAGGGGCAGCUUCUUUAAAAACUCUUGAGCUGGACGAUGGUCUUGAAGGGACAACCACUCAGAUCAGAGUGAUUCAGGGUAAAGAACCUCCACAUUUGAUGACAAUAUUUAAAGGCAAAAUGAUUAUUCUAAUGGGCAGCCAUGACAGUUGGGGUAAAAAAAAUGACAUUCUGGCUGCAUGUCCUGGACGUAAUUUUAUGCUUCAAGUUUGUGGUACAACCUCUUUCAACACAAAAGCUCUUCAGGUGCCAAUGCGAGCAGCUUCUUUGAACUCCAGUAAUGUGUUUGUCAUAUUUGAUGGUCACCGAAGCUAUAUUUGGGCUGGAAAGGGAAGUACAGGGGAUGAAAGAGAAAUGGCUAAAAACAUUUCUAACGGAGCCACGUUUAUUCCAGAAGGACAAGAAAAGCCUGACUUUUGGAAUUGUCUUGGUGGAAUUGAAUCAUAUGCCAGUGAUAAACCCAUUCAAAAUCGUCAAUGGGAACACAUCCCUCGUCUUUUUUGCAUGACAAAUAUGUCAAGUAUUAAUUAUCAAAUGGAGGAAAUAUGCAAUUUUGAACAGCAAGACCUCAUUCCUGAUGACAUCAUGCUGUUAGACACAUGGGAUUCCCUUUUCCUGUGGAUUGGCAAAGAAGCUCAACAUGAUGAAAAGAAAUAUGCUGUAAAGUCAGCUUGUGAAUAUUUAGAAACAGAUCCAUCUUGUCGUCCAACUGAUGUUCCUAUCUACCGAGUAAAUCAAGGACAUGAACCUCCAAUAUUCACAGGAUUCUUUAAUGUUUGGAAUGAAAAUAUCUGGAGGGAUGCAAUUAAAUUUGAACAAAUACAAAAGGAACUGAAAUUAAACAACAUGAAUAUUCCAUUAAAUGAAGUGCCCUCUGCCAAAUACAGCGGCCAGACUUUCAGGGAAGUCCCAAAAUUUGCUUAUGUUUUGUUGGCUGGGAAAGCCCCAGAUAUGCUCCCUAGAGAAGUCGAUCCAGCUAAUAAAGAGCUUCAUCUGACAGACAUGGAAUUCAUGCGUGUCUUCCAAAUGACGUACAUGGAAUAUUUUCAACUUCCUUUAUGGAGAAAGCAAGCCUUGAAAAAAUCUUUAGCUCUCUCUCUCUCUCUCUUCCUCUCUCUCUCUCUCUCUCUCUCUCUCUUUCUCUCUCUCACAGACGGGAUAUGCAAGCCUCUUGCUGCUCUAUCUCUACUUCUACAGAAAGUGCUCGGACAAACCAUAUGCCAGUUCUAA